UUUGGCCGGUUGGAUAUGCGCAAGGAAAGUCGAGGAGAUAUAUUUCCCCUCUCUUGUGGGAUUAUUGCCAGCCAUGGACAGAGAGAGAAAGGAGGAACAGCGGAUGGUGUUUCUUGAUUGUCACGGUUAUAAACGCGCAGAGCAUCGCCAAGGGACACUGACCUUUUAAUCAUUAGCCUUUUUUUGAAAUAUAAGAAACGUUAGUUGCUCAACUGUUUGCGAGUCCCAACAGGGAAGAGAUUCAAAAAAGAGGCGCAACCAUGACGACCGAGACCCCCAAGCAACAUUUGGAUCCAUCUAAUCCUCGCUCCAGCCCAGCGGCCGCUGCUCCGAAUGCAGCUCUGCUGAGCGCACAGCCAGUGAUGGAGAGCGCGCACAAUGCAUCACCCAAAUGGAAAAAGGGAAACUCCGGCUUGAGGCGUCCUGAAAAGCCUCCUUACUCAUAUAUCGCCCUCAUCGUCAUGGCAAUUCAAAGUUCGCCGACAAAAAGGCUAACUUUGAGUGAAAUCUAUCAGUUCCUGCAGGCCCACUUUCCUUUCUUCAGGGGAUCAUACCAGGGAUGGAAAAACUCCGUCAGACACAACCUGUCCCUGAAUGAGUGUUUUAUAAAGCUGCCUAAGGGUCUCGGCAGACCUGGCAAAGGGCACUACUGGACCAUCGACCCGAGUAGUGAGUUCAUGUUCGAGGAGGGCUCAUUUCGUCGCAGACCUCGGGGGUUCCGUAGGAAAUGCCAAGCUAUGAAGCCGAUGUACAGGAUGAUGAAUGGUAUCGGGUUUGGUGCUUCCAUGCUGCCGCAAAACUUUGAUUUCCAACCACCUUCAGGCUCAAUAGCUUGCCAUAACAGCUACAACAUAGACCUGAUGGGCAACACAGUGCCAGCUGGCUUCGAGGGCCUCGGAGGAGGACAUCACGUCUCACAUAUGUCAUCAGGCUCCGGGUCAUCGCACAUGGCCGCGUGUCAGGUGGCCUCUAAUGCGGACUAUUGCCCCGACAGCAGCAGCAGCCCCCUGCAGUCCUCCCCAGCGAUGGUAGGCACUUUGGACUGUCAGUCUCCUUAUGCAAAUGCAGCCUCACACUGGAGUUCACCUGGUGUAUCUUCAUACAUCAAACAGCAGUCGCUGGCAACAAGCAGUCCCACUUCUUCUGCUCUGCAUACGGGGAUGUCAUCGUACUCUCUGGAUCAGGGCUAUCUGCACCACAAUGCACGAGAUUCCUCAGAGAUCUCAGUAGGACUGUCUCGAUACUCCAGCCACUCAGCUCCUGUGUGUGACAGGAAGGACUUCGUUUUGAACCUAAAUGGAAUCUCUUCCCUCCACCCCAGCACCGGCGGAUCGUACUAUCACCAGCUCCAUCACCACCACCAAAGUGUCUAUCAGGACGUAAAGCCAUGUGUCAUGUGACAUGACAACAAAGACAGAACUGCCUAGAACUUUUCUGCUAAAUGUAACCCCCGGGUGGAAUUAUUUUAAUUGAAUCUUUUGGUGACUUUUGUUGAAAAUGGCAAUUUUAUUCCAGUAAAGUUUGACUUUUUUAAACUGUUUAAUAGCUUAAUGGUUAUGAUGAGAGGACUUGUUUUGCCACUCUCGUAACUAGCUUUACACAUAUGAAGAAGCAAUAUCAACAGUUUUACUGAAAAAAAAAAAUACGUAUACGUACCUGAAUUGUUCUUUAUUCAUGCACUUAAUUUUGUGUUCCUGAAGUUGCUGAGAUUGUUGCUGAUUUUUUUGCAGCAGGCCAUUAAAGAGAUUUAUUUUUUAAGGAUAAUUUGGAAGUGUUUUUAGCAAUAAAAGUUUUUUUUAUACACAGCGUUUUUCUUUUUCUCGGCACUGCAGUUCUUUCCUUGUAUAUUAGUAUUGUUAUAAUUAUAUAACCAAGUUAUAAAUAAAGAGUGCAGUUGUGAUCGA